CCGCUUACUACUAUAACUAAAGAAAACACGCGGUAGGAUAGUAGAACCAAAUCAGCAACACUUGUUCUUUUUCUCUCUCCUCUUUUCCAUAAAUUUAUCGAGCUUUCCUAUAAAAUUAAAAAUGGGGUCAAUACUCAGUUUAAUCAACAACAAUACCAGCAGCAGCAAAGCUGACACUGAUAUGGCGUUGAAUAAGGUCAAACAGCUUGUUGCUUCCACCCCUGUCAUCAUCUUCAGUAAAACAACCUGUGGAUUCUGCAAUAGGGUCAAGGAGCUGCUCAAACAGCUCGGUGCAUCUUUCCAGGUCAUGGAAUUGGACCAGGAAUCGGAUGGUAGUGCUAUUCAAGCAGCACUUCAGGAGUGGACUGGACAGAGAACUGUACCAAAUGUCUUCAUUGGAGGACAGCAUAUCGGUGGCUGUGAUGCUGUGAUGGAUAAACACUCAAAAAGUCAGCUUGUGCCUUUGCUUGUCAAUGCUAAGGCAAUUGCGGCCGAGCAAACUGCUUAAGCAUUAUGUACGGUACAAGAGCCAAGGAAGAAUCAGAAGACGAAUGAGUAUUUUUAAUGUAAUCUAUGCAAGGGUGUGGUAAAACAGUCUGAAUUUUCUGUUUAAAUGUUCUCCAGUGACAUCAGAGUUGUUAGGCUUGUAACUUGUACAAGUAUGAACAUGUCUCAUCAGAGUUCAAUAUUCAGAAUAAAUGGUUUGAUUAGGUAUGACAUACGAA